AUGAGCAUAAGCCAUGUUAAGCUCUCGGCGCCUGCAGACAGCCCCAACACCGAUGGCAUCCAUAUUGGGACCUCGCGCAACAUCAAGAUAUCCAAGUCCGUCAUUGGCACGGGAGAUGACUGCGUGUCCAUGGUGUCUGGCAGCCAAUCUAUUGAGGUGAAUGGCGUCGCUUGUGGGCCUGGCCACGGCAUUAGUAUUGGGUGCUUGGGGAGAGGCCAUGAGCAUGAGUAUGUCAAGGGGAUAACUGGGCAUUCGAGCUCAGCUGUCCAAAUACAAGAUGUGACAUUCAAGAAUAUAUUUGGGGUGUCGAGCACAGAAGUGGCGGUGAAUUUGCAAUGCAGCAAGGCUAUGCCGUGCAAGAAUGUGAAGCUCAUCAACAUCGACCUUGCCUACGACGGCCCAGGGAGACGGGCCACAUCCCUUUGUUCGAAUGUCAUCGCCUCCUCUUCUGGCAAGCUCGUGCCUGGGGGAUGUAUAUAG